AUGGCUGCCACCUAUUCAGAAGAGAAGCAAUAUCCCGACGAGGAGAAGAAGAUCUCCAUCGUGGUCGAUGGUGUCGACUCAGAUGGCGAGUCGAUCGACACGAUCACCGCCCUCGUUCAGAAAGAUCACACCCAUGAGAUCAAGCUCCGAACAAUGUCAUGGCAAAAAGCGGCAUGGCUUCUGGCUGGAGACCAAGUCUGUCUUGCCAUCAUGGCUCAGACAUGGUCUCUGUCGGUGCUUGGCUGGGUUCCAGGUAUAAUCACGAUGGUUGUCGCCGGCAUCAUGUUCUACAUUACCUCGAUGACGAUGCAUAAAUUCAUUAUGAAGAACCCUCAGAUCAUGGAUAUUUGCGAUUUUGGCUACUAUGUCUUUGGCAAAAGUCGAGUUGCGUAUCACUUCACGGCCUUCAUGUUGUUGGCGAACAAUAUCCUCCUUAUUGGCUUCCAUGUGCUCACUGGAGCGAAGAUCAUCAACACACUUUCUGACCACUCGAUGUGCACGGUCGUUUUCUCGGUUAUUGUGACAUUGAUGGGUAUUAUUAUGUCACUACCGAGGACUUUGAAGCAUGUCUCGUUCAUGUCCAUGUUUUCAGCCUUCUUCAUGACUCUUGCUAUUCUUCUCUUCCUUAUCUUCGCUGGUAAGGAGGCGGCUCCUGGUUAUGGAUACAACGGCGACUACCCCACUGCUGGUGAGGUGAAGACGUAUGCCUUCCCACCCAGAGGCACUACUUGGGUCGCAUGCAUGAACGCAGUCCUGAAUAUCACCUUCCUCUGGGUACCUCAAAUCCUGUUCCCGACCUUUAUCUCUGAGAUGGAGCGACCACAGGACUUCCCGAAAUCCCUCGCUGUCUUGGCUGGUAUCUCAGCGUUCUUGUUCAUCGUUCCACCUGCGAUUGGCUUCAGAUAUCUUGGUCAAUACGCAACAGCACCAGCCUUCGGCAGUCUUGGAGUCCUCGCAUACAAGAAGGCAUCGUUCGCUUUCGUUGUCGUACCAACACUGGUCAUUGGUGUAAUCUAUGCCAACGUCAGCGCAAAAUUUGUCUACUUCAGAAUCAUGGGCAAGUCACGACACGCUCACAGCAACACAAUCGUUGGCUGGGGUGUUUGGGCAGCUGUCAUGAUUGUCAUCUGGCUCGUGGCUUUUAUCUUCGCUGAGAUCAUUCCAAGUAUGGGCGAUUUUCUCAGUCUGCUUGGUGCGGCGUUCGACUCGUUCUUCGGCUUCAUCUUCUUUGCUGUGGCAUAUUGGCAGCUGUACAAGGGCAAUCUAUUCAAUGGUGCAGGCAGGUCUGCAAUGACGGUGUUUCACAUUAUCGUCAUGUUCUCUGGCCUCUUCUUGCUUGGUCCUGGGCUUUAUGCCGCGGUGGAAGCAAUCAUCGCCGACUAUUCCGGCGCAACUCGACCAGCUUUCAGCUGCAAGAAUUUGUCCAUCUAG